GUACAGCGGUGUCAUUUUAUGUAAGGUUAAUUGAGUUCAUUUUUAAGAAUGGCCGGUAUUUACUAAUGCCGUCCAAAAUGCAUCUGACUGUGUUACCCGCUAUGUAUGUAUGUCCUUGGAAAAAAGUUUGACUAACAUUUCUACAAGAAGAGGCAGGUACUAAGAUCUUUGUCUCCGUGUUCAAGCUGUAGGGCAGAAGUGUGGUGUGUGGAAAAUUGUACGGCGUGGGACUUCGUUGCAUCCUCGUUUUAGGAGGAUUGAAGAAGUGCUAAAUUAUCUCUUUUCUUAUGGCUCAGAUUGAGGAGGUCGACAGUGGAAUGGAAUCCUUAACAGCAAGUAGUAAAGACCUUACGCCAGAGAAGAUCCGAAGCGGUUCUGACGAUGAAGAUGAUUUGUCGGAUGAGGAUCUUGAUGAAACUUUGGCUGAACGAUUGAUGGGCCUAGGUGAAAUGUUUCCAGAGAGUGUUCGUAAUAUUACAUACUCUCUGGUCACUGGGACCUAUCAGGGAAUAAAAGGUCUUUACAGCUUUGGGCGAGUUGCAACGUGGCUGUUCUUCAGUUCCUCAGUAAUCCUGUUUGCUCCUGUUAUUUUUGAAGUUGAAAGAGCUCAAAUGCAAGAAAUGCAGCGUAGCCAACAAAAGCAGGUAUUACUUGGGCCAAACUCGGCUGUAUCAGGAACCAUGGGUUUAUUGCCACCAGUGCCACGAUAAUGAUAACCUAAUUGAACACUUCUGGGAAGACAUCAGUAACGAGGCAGUACAAUGAGCCACUGUGUCAACAAGACAGAAGUUGUUAAAUUUCUGUAGUAUCCCAAGUUGUACAUUUGCUUGAUGUAUAGUUUUUUACAUUACCGUGUUAAAAUUUUUUAUGUGUAACAACACGCACUGUCUCAUACUGAGAACUUUUGUAAAUUUAUUUCUUGGUAUGUUUGAUUGCGUGAUACCUGAAUUUGUUUUAUCAGUAUGUUAAUUUUUUUCUAAGAGCGUUACUCCUCAAUUUAUAAAGUGUUAGAACACUACAGACACAUGACUAUAUGGUCGAAUUUGUAGCAUAGCCAGUAAAAUUAAAAUAGUUGUAUUGAAACAUCUACGUUGGUUCUUGGCAUAUCGCAUCCAAGGUAGUUAAUGAAAUUGGUUGCCAGCGUUAUGGCAAAGGCAAUUUCCCAAUCAGCAUUUUACCUCACUUGGUAAUCCAAUUGCAGAAUAAAGUAAUUGCAGAGUGACUGAUCACACUGUAUGUUACUAAUAUAUAACCAAUCUAAAAUCAGCUUAAAAAAGUAAAUGUUUGGUGUAUCCAUGUAACAUUUUGUGUUAUUGUAUGCAUGUGAGUGUGUGUGUGCGCCAUAUCAUGAACUUUGAUGUCAGUAUGUCAGAUAAAUAUAAUUUACAAAAAAACUGGAGUGUUCUGGAAUUAACAGAAUGUUUUCAGAAACAACCUAAAAUAUUGUGUAACUUAAAAUCCCCACCAUGUAGAGAAAAUGUUAUUUCCUUAUCAAUAUUAUGUAAAUGAUAUAUUAGAUUACAUAAACAGAUGUCAUUAAACAUUCUGUUCACUUUGUACAAGUUAAUAAAACUGUUUCCAGUGUUGCAGUACAAUGGCCUAAAGUAACUAUGGUUGCAGUCAUGAUUAGGACAUUUUCUGUAAUUGUAAAACUUAAGUGAUGAGCUGUAUUUCAUUAAGCACUUGGCGAGAGCUUUACUCUGUCACUCACUUACUGUGGAAAUUUGUAGUAAUCUUUCAACAGAUAGAUAAAUACAGAAGUAUAAUCUUAAUGGAAUAUGAAAAAAUCCUUUGCUCAUGCAUGUGUUGAACAGUGUAGUGAAAGAAUUAGAAAGGAAUGUGUCAAAGUGACCAAAAGAAGUUUCAUGUUCCACUUAACAGAAAAGGUUGUCAUGGGUGAAAAGAAACUGCAUGCUGUUAUUACAUUGAAAUUACAUUUGUGUGAAUGAAUGGGUAGUAUCAGCAUAUUCCAUGUACAAUGAAGCAUUGAGAAUAACAUGAAACACUGAUAAUAACAUUUGAUUUUGAAAAUGAAAUAA